AUGAUAUUUAGUAUGAUUUAUAGUUUUAUUGCUGUUAACACUGAACUAUCAGUAGCCCGCAAGAUGGUGGACCGUAAGCAGACGUCUACGCACAAGCCGAUUUCACAACAAAAGCUUCAACAACAAAUAAACAGAGCCCGCAGAAUUCUCGCCCUAGUUCCAAAAUCUGGAGCUAGAUCAGACGUAGGAAGCAGUGAUGAUUCAGCUGAUGAGUUAUAUAAGUAUAUCCCUCCAACUCUUUCAGACAGUAGCUCUCCACCUCCAUCUUUGCCGUCGUCUUUGUUUGAUCUAAACCUAUUAUAA